CCUGCGGCUGUUUCUGACGCCAGGGCCCGGGUGGGCCGGGCCGGGCAGUGCAGUGCGUCGCGGGCCGGGACCGUGACCGGGGCCGGGGCAGGAUGGACUCGCGCGUGUCGGAGCUGUUCGGCGGCUGCUGCCGGGCGGCGGCGCCGGGGGGCGGCGGGGGAGCCCUGCGCGGGCGCGGUGGCCUCGGCGGCGGCUGCAAGGCGAAGAAGAAGGGCGGGCGCGGCCGGGGCGGCAAGGCCAACAACCCGCCCUACCUGCCGCCCGAGGCAGAAGAUGGGAACAUUGAGUACAAGCUGAAGCUGGUGAACCCCUCGCAGUAUCGCUUUGAGCACCUAGUGACGCAGAUGAAGUGGCGGCUACAGGAAGGCCGGGGCGAGGCUGUAUAUCAGAUUGGUGUGGAGGACAAUGGGCUGCUGGUGGGCCUGUCAGAGGAGGAGAUGCGUGCUUCCCUCAAGACUCUGCGCCGCAUGGCUGAAAAGGUCGGCGCUGACAUCACCGUCCUGCGGGAGCGCGAGGUAGAUUAUGACAGCGAUAUUCCCAGGAAGAUAACAGAGGUCCUUGUCCGGAAGGUUCCUGAUAACCAGCAGUUCCUAGACCUGCGAGUGGCUGUGUUGGGGAAUGUGGACUCAGGAAAGUCGACCCUGCUGGGUGUCCUCACGCAGGGUGAGCUGGAUAAUGGGCGGGGCAGAGCUCGCCUCAACCUCUUCCGGCAUCUCCAUGAAAUUCAGACAGGAAGAACAUCCAGCAUCAGCUUUGAGAUCCUGGGCUUCAACAGCAAAGGAGAGGUAGUGAACUACAGUGACUCACGAACCGCAGAAGAAAUCUGUGAGAGUUCCUCCAAAAUGAUCACCUUCAUUGACCUGGCUGGCCACCAUAAGUACCUGAAAACCACCAUCUUUGGCCUCACCAGCUACUGCCCGGACUUUGCUAUGCUGGUAGUGAGUGCCAACACUGGCAUCGCAGGUACAACGCGAGAGCACCUGGGCCUGGCCAUGGCCCUCAAGGUACCUUUCUUCAUCGUCAUCAGCAAAGUGGACUUGUGUUCAAAAGCCACUGUGGAACGGACUGUGAAGCAGCUGGAGCGCAUCCUGAAGCAGCCAGGCUGCAACAAGCUCCCCCUGUUGGUGAACUCAGAUGAUGAUGCUGUUACAGCAGCGCAGCAGUUUGCACAGUCUCCCAACAUCACCCCCAUCUUCACUCUGUCCAGCGUUUCUGGGGAGAACCUGGAUCUCUUGAAAGUUUUCCUCAACAUCCUUCCUCCUCUGACCAACAGCAAAGAGCAGGAGGAGUUGAUGCAACAGCUCACAGAGUUCCAGGUGGAUGAGAUCUACACAGUGCCUGAGGUGGGGACUGUCGUGGGAGGAACACUGUCAAGUGGGAUCUGCAGAGAGGGGGAGAACCUGGUGGUUGGCCCAACUGACGAUGGCAAGUUCCUCCAGCUGAAGGUGUGUAGCAUCCAGCGGAACCGUUCAGCAUGUCGUGUGCUCCGGGCAGGACAGGCUGCUACCUUGGCCCUUGGGUCCUUUGACCGGUCCCUGCUACGCAAGGGCAUGGUGAUGGUGAGCCCAGAGAUGAACCCCACUAUCUGCUCAGUCUUUGAAGCUGAGAUCGUACUGCUUUUCCACGCCACAACUUUCAGGAAAGGAUUCCAGGUCACUGUGCAUGUGGGAAAUGUGCGGCAGACUGCCAUUGUGGAGAAGAUCCAUGGGAAGGACAAGCUGCGAACAGGGGAGAAGGCUGUCGUUCGUUUCAGGUUCAUCAAACACCCUGAGUACUUGAAGAUCGGAGCCAAGCUGCUCUUCCGGGAAGGAGUCACCAAAGGUAUUGGGCAUGUCACCGACCUUCAAGGCAUCACCACCAAAGAGAACAGCUUAGAGGAAACCCUGGGGACAGGAGGGCUGAGCUUCUGACUACCGUUCAGUGGGAGUGCUCUCCAGACACCAACGAUUGGGGAGACUGAUGGGAGCUCCCCCAGCUCUUCAGGUGCUACCAGGAGCUGCUGCUACCCAGUUCUAGCAUGGGUUUCUCUCCUCCGCGUUGCAAGAUGGAGCCCAGGAGAUUUUCUUGCAUUCAGUGCCCUUCGUGGGACAAAUGAAGCAUGUCUUUGCAUCGCCUGCUGUUUUUGUUAACCUGCCCUCUCUGAGAAUAGACCAGCGGCAGACCUGGGCAGGCGAGUCCUGGCUUUGUUUCUUGUUUGGAAAGUUACUGGCUUAGGCAAAGCAAAGCCCCUGAAGUGAAUGACUGGCAGCGAAGGGAACCUGCCUCCUGUCAUGCAGAAAGAUCAGCCCCAUUCUGGCUUGCCGAGCAUUGGGCCCUGUUGUCAUACUGUUUUCCCUAUGGGGCAUAGACCUUUGGGUAGGGGCAGGAGCAAGCCUUGCCACCUACAGCAGGGGCUGGGUUACACAUGGACUCACAAACAAAAGGAAGGCCUCUCAAAUUGCUUUCAGGACACUUUUUAACCCUUUGAUUUUGGUUGGUUUUAAUCCAGUCCUAAUUUCCUUCUGUGCUGAGUUUUCAAGACUCCUGCUUAGUUUCAUCUCUUCCUGUGUGUGUCAACUUGGGGGAAACCUCCUCCCUGGACUAGCCCUCGCCUGGUGGGGUGACUUCUGCCCAGUGCUCCUGUCAUGUGGGAGGUCUACACAGCCCAGUGCAGUUGGCCUGCUAAAGGAAACAUGAAGCCAGAUUUUACACCUGUCUCUUCUGCUCACUGAGGCUAGCCAUAGCCUGUGUUUAUACCUGCAGGUGGCUGUUGGAGUUUAGCAGCAGUGACUUGCAGUGGAUUUGUUGCAGUCAGACUGUGCCCCAGCCCAGCUCACUCCUUGGGGACUUGCCUUAAUACUUAAGAAGCCUAGGGGGCAGUUAGCAGCACAAUGUACAGUGGCUUCUACCAUUGGAUGCAAUUUUGACAGCAACUGCUGCAGUGAUACUUUUGCUCUCGUUCUUCUUGGUCAAGUAGAGGGGAGACGUCCUUAUCUCUGCCAUGGAGACUCAGUGUCUGAGGGAAGCUAGUGUGAGCCCAUGGCCACUGAAGAACCUGUAUGCAGGUAGAGACCAGCAUGCUCCUGUCUCCCUCCACUCUGGCUAUAUACUUCCCCACUUGUGUCCUUCAGGUAACAAGUGCUGAGUAGUGAGGGGCAGCCUGGAGAGUGCAGUAGAGGCUGUAUUGCUGUACGUAAGGCUCCUGAUUUUCUUGGUGACUUCAGCCAGGCUGGUUGGCUGGAGCACUGCCUGCAGCUAGCAUGCUGUAUAAGGAGACAUGGGCAGCUGGGCUGGGUAGCGUCUGCAGGUGGUGUUAAGGAGAAAAAAGGGAGCUAGUGUUUUGCUCCCUGCAAUGCAGAUCAGAUGCUCUAAGGCAAAUGUCCCUCAAACAACUUGGGGCCAGAUGCUUCUGCUGCCUCCUGCUCUGGGUUUUCUUCUUGCUGGGGCUGCCGCUAGGGUCCAGGGAGGUAAGACUGAAUGGCUGAGUUUACUACUCCAAUGAGCUGCUCUAGAACAUCAGCUUCCUCACUACCAGCUCUGCCUGCAGCCUGCAAAAGUGGCUGGCAGUUUUGAAGGGGGGUAGGGGAAGAAGAUGAGUGGUUUGUUCUACCAAGAAGGGUUAAGGGGAAGUGCCUUCCUUCCCAACCCACUGUGCUGAUUGAAUCCUCCUGGCUUGGGGAGGCCUGUUACUAACACAGAACAAGUGCUGCCCAUUCUCUUCGGAGGGGCAGGGAACUGACUCUUGGAAGUACCUUGCCCACUUCCAGCUGGGGCUAGAGGGCUCUUCUCUCUCCCCUUCACAUAUGGAUGUGGCUGCUUUAUUGGCUCAGAUUCAUUAAAGCAGGGGGCUUUUCCAUUUCAGCCCUGGCAGCUGGCUGGGUCCCAGUGCAGUGUUUUUGCCCUCAUAUAUGCUUUCAGGGAGGACAGGGCCCCAACUACCAGCAAGAACUUCCCUCUGGUGCUACUGUGUCAGGGUAAGCAUUGCCCAAGGAGGGGCUCCGUCUCCCUGUUGCCUGCAGUGCCCUUGAUAUGGCCUCCAGCACUGACACAUCCUCAAGGUGCUGUUUCUUCCCUGGAAGAGCACUUUUCACCCCUGUCCUGUCCUUCCUUCCCUGUGUGGGGUAACUGUUCUUGGUGCCAUGCUCUUCAUACUUCACUGUUAUGUUGUCUUGGAUUUCUCAUGCUGGGAGAUGAUGCCCAUUUCUUUGGCAUCUCUAUAUAUAAUGUACAGAAUAAAGAUGUUUUAUUGAGAGUGCA